AUGGCUGCGGUCGUCGCCUCUGGUCACAAAGCCUACCAAUUUACCGCCGGUAGAAGAAUGGAUGGGUCAUUUCUUCGAGCUAGCCCAAUCCCCGAUCCAGCUACCCAACGGAAAGCUACAAACUCUCGAGACCCCAAUAACCCCCAUGAAACGACUCCCAGAAGGCCCAGUCUGUUUGAAACUCGUCAUGGGUCCCGGAAUUCCAAUUCAGAGGACAUCAUUCUCGGACCCCCCAAAACUGCUUUUGCUUCGGCAUCUCGUAUACCCGGUAAAGGAUCGAUAGAUGCUACCGAACGAUCGUCAAGGCCUAAUGACCAAGAUGAAUCGAAGAACGACCGGUUCAAUUUACGGGAGAAGUUCUUCAAGGACCGGGAGACUGGUGACAGAGACUUUGACCGACGAGAUGGAAAAUUAGGGACAUUCAACAACAACAACACCAACAACAACAAUCGGCGUGGGGACAGGGAGGAUUGGAACAGUGGACGCCCCCGCCGUACGUUCGGCCCCGAAGAACAGGAUCGAAAGCCGAGACGCAACGGGGAGUUCGAUCGGUGGGAGAACCGCGAUCAGCGAGAACCCAACAAUGACCGAGGAGUUAGAGACAAGGAUGCACGAUUCUUCCCACGGAAGGACGGCACACCCGGACGUGCUAGACACGAGGGAAGUUGGUUUCGUGAUGAGAAUACUCACGACGCACCUGAAGCGGAAGAGGAGAAGACUCCGAUACGAAACAGAGAAUGGCGUCGAGAUCGGCACGGUGCAGAUCGUGACUGGACGCGGGGAGCCAAGUUCGAACAGGAUCCCGAGUGGAUGGAUUCGACUGAUCGAGAUGAGCCUCGCCGAGUGCAUACACAGGAAGACUUUGAACGCUGGAAGGAAAGGAUGAAGGCUGGCUCCUCGCAGGUUCAAGCCGAGGAAAAGGAGGUCCCCUUGGAGACGACCCCUGCACCUGCCCCCGCGCCGAAGCCAGAGCCUAGGCCUACAGAUGGUGAGAUUUUCAGCAGCAAUGGUGCUCCCUUCACGUCAGAUUCGGCCAUGGAGCGGUUCUUUGGAUUGCUCGGGGAUUCCAAGCCACCCCAGGCGCCUCCCCUACCUCAGGAGAUAAGCGCUCCUCCUCCCAUGAUGGAACCGACAAUGAAGAAAGAGCCACUCCCAGGAAAGCUUGGAAAGUCGUCGCGUUUUGCUGGACUUUUCUCGCCACCACCGGGAAGCCCGGCCAAGGAACCAGAGUCUCAUCCAGAGACCAGGUCGUCGCCUUCGAUGAACACCGUCAACACUGAUGCCGAUCAGGAAGGUUUCCAGCGUAUCCUGCAGAUGCUUGGCGGAGGGAAAUCGCGCAACGCUACACCUCACAAUGACCCUGUUGCAUACAACCGGCCUCCUUCGCAGGUACAGGCCGAACAGAUCCGGAGUGCUGUUUCAUCUCCUGCUCGAGAUCAAAUCAAGCGGCAGGAGUACCUGGCCAUGCAAGAGACAGUUGCUCGAGGCGCUGGGCCUAAUCCUUAUGUCCAGGAGACACAUGCUCGAGACCGGGAACAUCUACUGCGACUGAUGCAGCAGGUCCGUGUUAGUCCCGUUGCCAACCAGGGUGCCCAGAGCCAGCCCCAGAGUGCUGGCCCUGUCGGCCCGGCCCCCGGUUUGUUGAGCAUGCCGGAAGUUCUUUCUCCCCCUCCAGGCAUUCCGACCCCGCAAAAGGGCCCCAACUUCUUGGAUGACCCUGCGAUAGCAAACAUGCAGAGACCCGAUGCUGAUCAUCUUCGUCGCCGGCCCGCAAAUGGGCCGCCCAUGGGAUAUUUCGAGGAUAUGCCGUUCCCUCAGGGCGGGCAACUCCCUAUGACGCCCGGCGGAACCAGAGCUCCCCAGGCUCAAGGUCAUCCGCCUAUGGGCAUGCAGAGACCCCCAGGCUUCGAGCAUCUGCCUCCCCCUGGAUGGCCAGGACCUCAAAUGCCCCCACAGCAAGCUGCUGGACCCGCGCCACUGGCACCUCCUCCGGGUAUUCCGACACCUACGCGCGGCGUCAACCCAAGCUACAUGGCGAACAUGAUGCCCAUGCAUGGGAAUGCACCACCCCUCAACGAGCGUGAACCCUUCCCGCGUCCCCCUCCUCCAGGCAUGAUGCCUCCUCCAGGCUACAUGAACGGACCCCCGCCAGCCGGUUUCCCACCCAUGCCGCCCAACGGUGAGGCUCUCAUGGGGCUUCCCCACCGUGGUCAAGGUCCUUUUGAGGGCAAUCCUGGACCACAAGUGCCUCCCCCUUCCGCUCGGCACCUGUUGGAUAUGUUCGGCCAAGUUGGCGGCGAGGCCCCGCGCGGCAUGCUCGGGCCUGGACAGUUCCGAACAAUGCACCUUCUAAUCUUCUUGUAUCUGAUUCAUUUAUGUUUUGAAGGAGUUCAGGAGAGACCUAGCCAGCUGCUAAGGCUUGGGACUGAUGAGGAGACUGUAUCACAGCCGGACUCGUUUGCGUCUGGAUGUAUAACAACCCUGGGGGAUUACAUAAAGGACAGCAAUAGGCAGAUUGCCGAUACUGAGAUGUGCCUGAGGCGAAGUGACUGUAGUGAAUGGCCGGUGGACUCCGAGCUGCGCACGUUUAAGCCAUCUCGCUUCCCUCUCCUAUUUCCUACUUCCUACUUCCACCCUUUACAUCUGCUUGAAGAAUCAGCUACACUGAGUCUGACCGCAGAUGUUCGACAUCAACUCCUCAUCUGGAUCAAGAUACAUCAUCCCAAACCCCAAAUCAAUCCAGAUCCCACCAUGCCUCAUUCUACAUCACCUCCCUCACCAUCCCCCACACAAAACACAUCUAACCACCAUCAUCCCCAAUCUAUCCAGACCACAACCGCCAUGAUCACAACCACCACUCGUAAAAGACGAGCAGCCUGUGAUAAUGACAAUGGUGACUCCAAAAAUACCUCACCAGGCACUCUCAUCAACACCACUCCCAACGCAACCAACAAUGAAACAGGCCAUCAACCCUUCAAACGCCCUCGUAUCCCCUCCCAAUUUACCAGACAAGCCGAGCGUUUCGAAGAAGCCCUGAACAAAGAGAUCCAAGAACAGGAAGAUGCUCUCCGCAUGAACGAGUACCGGAUGCUUGCGGUGCGGGCUUUGGAAAACGAGGCGCAUGAUAGAGCGUUUAGAGAUGCUAUGGACAUGAGCUCAACUUAUCAGCAACAACAGCAGCAGUAUACCCCCUCACCACAUCCCCCUGUUGCUGUUGCUGCUUCUGAGGAUAUGGACAUGGAUGUCGAUGGUGAUGAUUAUCACAACCCUCAACAUGAGGAUCAUCACGGAACUGGAGAAGGAGAAGGACAAAUGGUGGCACCUACAGUCCAGUAUACAGAAGGAGAUACCGAACCAAUCAUAACGACCCGAAGCGGCUGCCUAACCAGCAUCAUCGGGAUGAACAACAUAAACCCCAUCACCAGACAUAGAUCUAACCAACACCAACACAAUAACAAUAACAACCACAGUACCCUUACCGAAUUCACCAUCUACGAAGACCUUUCCCCCGACCCAGGAGGCCUAUUAUCCUUCCCUACACAACCAAAUCCAGUAGGCCAACUGCAGCCUGAUUACCAUCAUUAUCACUACAACAAUCAUCAUAAUAACCAAGAAGUACGUGCCUAUCAUCAAGACUGGGACUCGGAUAAAGAGAACAUCAACAACAACAUUGUUGCUGGGCCCCUCCACGAUCCGGUUGGAAUGAUCACUGAGACUGAGGCUGAGAGUUUUUCGCAGGUUGUUGAUCAUUCAUAUCAUAAUGCUGAUAAUGUUGCUGACGAGGUUGAUGAUGAGAUGAGAAUGGAUUAUGAAGCAGGUGGUAGCGGUGGUGAAAGUGGAAGAUGGAGUUCCGGGGUCCCUCCUUGGAGAGUCGAGUCGGAGUCAGAGUAUGCUGAUACGGAGGUGGAUCCUGAUGAGGCGGGACUGGGGCUGCAGGACUACGCGCAUCGGAGAAGAAGACGGUAUCAUCGCUUGAGAUGGCAGUCGCGGGUGCUGGGUUCUCAGGAUAGGGGGUCGGUGGCGUCAAAUAGUAGUGUGCUGGUGCCGAGAGUGCUUGGGGAGGGUUUGCAGGAUGGUGCUGGUGCUGGUGGUGCUGGUGCUGGGCGUGGAAGGCGCGGGUCGAGAAGGUUGUAG